AUGCCCUCUGCGCUCCAGUUGAGUGGAGUGUUGUGGCAGACCCAGAUGGCGAACUAUGGUGACUAUUUGGGCAGCAACUUCCUUGCUGGACUGGGCGGUGCUAUCAGCGAGGCCGUCAUCCAGAUCACCAUUGCCGAUUUGUUCUUCGUCCAUCAACAUGGAACGAUGAACGCAUGGUACCUCGUCUUCACGUCCGUGGGUGCCUCCCUCGGCCCGGUAGCCGCCGGCUUCGUUGUGGAGUCGCAGGGCUGGAGAUGGAUCUGGUGGUGGUGCACAAUCUUCCUCGGUCUAAACUUCGUCCUCGUCAUGUUCUUUUUCGAAGAGUCCAAGUACGUCCCUUUUCUCAAUGGUCAGAGUGUGCCACAUACGGCUGGCACUUCUGGCUCGGAUGGACUCGAGGACGGCCGUCCCGACUCAGGGCUGCAAAAGGCCACAGACGGCAAAGGCGACGCAAAGCACACCGCCAUGGAGCGCAUACAAUCCCGAAUUGACACCUCCUUACCACGAAAGACUUAUCGUCAGCGCAUGGCCAUCGUCACCCCUUCCAAUCAACGCAUCGGCCACCACUUCUACCAGCCAAUCGUUGUCUUGUUCACUUUCCCUGCCGUGGCCUUUGCUGCACUCACUUAUGGGACCCUACUGGCGUGCAUGGCAUUGAUGAGCUCAUUACAGGCCGUCUACCUGUUGCAACCACCAUACAACUUUGGAGCUUCUGGCGUUGGACUCAUGAACAUUGCUCCGUUCGUUGGCACGUUCUUUGGAUUCUUCGCGGGUGGUUUCCUGAACGACAGAUCGAUCAUGUACUUCGCCAGGCGGAAUGGAGGCAUUUACGAACCAGAGAUGCGCCUGUGGAUCACUCUUAUCUCAGCAAUCCUGCUCCCGGGCGGUAUCCUGAUGUUUGGGCUAGCCUUAGCCAGGGUAUGUUGGUAA